AACUCAUAAUUUUGGAAUAAUCCUUUUGUCAAUUUGUGAGCAGCUCCCAUCAAUUUCAGCCAUUUCCCCCUCAGAUAAUAUUCCAGUCUUGAAAAGAAGAAAUUAAAGCUAAAGGUUCUUUUUUUUUUUUUUUUUUUUUCAAUUCGAUUCGUAUAUGCAACCGAAUGUCUAUGCCGCGAACGAGGUCCGGGCGAACGACGCCGCUCCGUGAAUUGGAGCAGGAGAGAAUCGAGGGCGCCGGAAUCUUCGACGCCAUCGAAUGGACCAAAAUUGAUCAAGUUACGAGUUCGAGGCCUCUUCCGCAGGGAGUGCAGCUGUUAUUGCUUGAAGCGGAGUUUGUCAUAGUAGAGGGACGUGGCGUUGUUCUUGUGAACACUGAUGAGGCAGGAGCUUUAUACGUAACAAAUUUUCGUCUUCUUUUCUUGAGCGAGGGAUCUACAAGCGUAAUAGGACUUGGCACUAUACCGUUGGCAGCAAUUGAGAAGUUCAGCAAAACUGGUAUGAAGCUGCCAUCAGCUCCCAGGCAGAUUGAUAAGAAUCCAUCUCAACGAUUGCUUCAGGUCAUUGGUAAAGAUAUGAGAAUUAUUGUCUUUGGCUUUCGGCCUCGGACGAAACUGAGGCGUGCUGUAUAUGAUGCUCUAUCAAGGUGGACAAGGCCAGCUAGACUUUGGGAUCUCUAUGCUUUUGCUGUUGGAUCGUCAAGAUACAGUAACAGGAACCCUAAGGUGCGGUUAUUGAAUGAGUAUUUCCGGCUUCUUGGGCUAGGAUCAUACCGUGCUUCCUCUAGAACAAUUGAAGAUGAAUCAUUCACACUGUCCAAUGAAUGGUGGAGAAUAAGCAAUGUGAACUCUAACUAUACAAUGUGUCCAACCUAUCCAUUUGCCUUGCUUAUUCCAAACUCCAUCAGCGAUGUUGAGAUACAGCAGGCUUGUACCUUCCGUGCAAGGUGUAGAUUGCCUGUAAUUUCCUGGUGUAACCCAGGGACUGGAGCUGUCCUUGCGCGGUCUUCACAACCAUUGGUUGGCCUCAUGAUGAACAUGAGAAGCAAUGCUGAUGAGAAACUAGUUGCCGCACUUUGGACUCAACUUUCUGGAGUAAGGGAACGCCGGAGGAAGCUAUAUAUAGCUGAUGCAAGGCCUAGGAAAAAUGCAUUGGCAAAUGGUGCAAUGGGCGGUGGGUCAGAGUCCUCCGCCAACUACUCUCAAUCUGAGAUCGUCUUCUUUGGUAUAGACAAUAUACAUGCAAUGCGCGAGAGUCUUGCGCGGCUUAGAGACUAUGUUGAUACUCAUGGUGCCAAGUCGUCCGAUGGAAUGUCUUCAUUUUUGAGGCAUGGUGGAUGGACUUGGGGAGGAGGAAAUCUCAGCAGUAUGUCUGCUUCAGUCUCAACUCUGGGGGACAGCGGUUGGUUGAUUCACGUUCAGAGCGUCUUGGCUGGCUCAGCAUGGAUUGCUGCUCGCGUUGCUCUAGAAUCAGCUACAGUGCUAGUUCAUUGUAGUGAUGGAUGGGAUAGAACAACUCAGUUGGUUUCUCUUGCAAGUCUGUUGCUUGAUCCAUACUACCGGACGUUCAAAGGUUUCCAGGCUCUUGUAGAAAAAGAUUGGCUUGCAUUUGGUCAUCCAUUUUCGGAUCGUCUGGGACUGCCUACUGUAUCUGGAAGUGAAAGCAUUCCUGAAUUUACACGACAGGCAUCUACCGGGAGUUUAACUUCAUCUCCAAGUCGCCAAUCAUCCUCAUCCCAGUCUGCUUCUUCUCAUGCACAAAAUAAUUGUUCACCUAUCUUUCUGCAGUGGGUCGAUUGUGUUUCCCAACUGCUACGAAUGUAUCCCUUCGCCUUUGAGUUCUCUUCGGUGUUCCUGGUAGAUUUAUUAGACUGUGUUCUUUCCUGCCGUUUUGGAAACUUUUUCUGCAACAGUGAGAAAGAAAGGCAGCAAGCUGGUAUUUAUGAUGCAUGUGGGUGCUUGUGGGUGUAUUUAGCUGAUUUGCGGGCUUCAGAUAGAUUUUCUGAUCAUUAUAACCACUUCUACGACGCAUCAAAGUUUCAAGGUCCAUUAUUACCUCCAGCUGCAGCUUUAGCACCAACACUUUGGCCUCAGUUCCACCUUCGAUGGGCUUGUCCAUCAGAAGCCCAAGCUGGGGAGAUCGAAGCACACUGUAGAAACAUGGCUGAGAAAAUAUCUGAAUUACAGAAGGCAAAAGAUUUAGCAGAGGCAAAACUUAAAGAAACAACAACAGCUGUGGAAUCUUUGACAGAUGAGUUGCGAAACGAGAAGCUCAGCAGCAGCUCGGCGAGGGAUUGGGCUAGGAGUGCCAACAAGGAAAAUGUUGCAAUAAAGCGGGCGAUACAAUCACUUGGGUGCAAGGUUCAGUUUUCUGAAGACAGUGAUUGCAUUGUUAGCAUCGAAAACAUCGGAACAGAGAUUCCUCAAAAGUCUCUCUUUUCCAUUGCGGAUAUGCAGUCUAGUUUGUACAUGCGGAGUGAUGAGAAACCAGAUAGUCCCGUGUAUGUUGCUCGUGAUGAAGAUGAAGAAGAUGAUUCCACCAAUCCUAUAAACCGGGUAUGUGAAUCUUUAUGCCCUCUACGCACCCGAGAUGGAGGCUGUAGGUGGCCUGAUGCUGGCUGUGCCCAAUUCGGGAGUCAAUUUGUUGGUUUGAAGGCGAACUUUGAUGCUUUCGACCGGCUUUCUAUAUACGACAGCUAUUUUGAGUCACAGUAGAAGCUUUAGAGUUUGUUACCAGAAAUUUUUGUGAAACAAAAAUUUUAAACAGAAAAGAUGGACCCUCACAUUCAACAUGGGUCUUCGGGAGUGUAUAUACAUAGCAAACAGAGUUAGCGCCAGUCGGGCCUCGAUUUCCAGCGAUCCACGGAGGUAGCACAAGGCAAGUUCCUUCUCUUCAACUUACUCAUGCCAUUGGUCAGGUAGUAUGUAGCAUUCUGGUGUAUAGAAUCCUAAACUAUUAGAUAUAGCUCUAAUUUUUUGCUAUCCUUUAGAUGAAUAAAUGCAUUUAGUCAUUGUAAUACUUAACUAAGAUCAAUAAUAUAAUAAAUUGAAAUUCUUGGGGGUAC